GUACUGCGUCCUGGUCGAGCGGCAGCCCUCUUCUAGGGCCUCACGGGUAGGUUGUAUACUCCCAAGGGAACUAACAAUGAGAUUAUGACUCCACUGAACUGAGUAACUGAAAUUCCAUAAACGGGUAACCAGAAACCUUCAUCAAAUGAAAUUCCCACGCACUGAAUGCUCAGUAAUACCCACAAAUCUCAAAACAUGUCACGUUCACAUCCGAACUACGUAUGAUGCAUCCGUGAUAGAUGCAAAUUUUGUUAGGAUAAAAUGUCGAUUCUGUUUACAAUCGCGACAAGAUUUGUUUCGCUUCCAGAUUCAAUAUGGCGAUACAGCGACCAUGAUUGUAAAAUCUCGUUCGACACUCAGCUUCUGUUAUACAGUCGGAAUGUACUGAAUAUUUACAACAUGACUAACAAUACCGGAAGGACAACCAUAUUAAGUUUUUCACUGCCUGCUCAUGAUGUUUACCGACAGCAUGUUCGUCAAGAGUUCCGACGUUUCGAUGACAUUGGCCGUGUUUGUUUCAGACGUACAUGACGUUGUUUCAAGUAGGCGUGGCCUGUAACGCCAUCAGCAUCGUUUUCCUCGUCCCCGCCUGCAUCGUCUUCGUCGUUUACAGACAACUGCGGCUGCAACAGCGAAUCAAGCUGCAUCUCUGCCUCUUCGCCUCCUUCAUCCUGACCAACGUCAUCCUCAUCCUGUGGGACGUCCUCGUGUACAAGGACAGACUGGACAAACCCAAGGACCAGACUGUCAUGUACAACAACACGGUUGGCUGCCGGCUGCUUUACACCUUGAUCCGAUACGCCCAGACCGUCAACUUCCUGUGGAUGUUUCUGGAGGGUUUCCACUUACAUCGACUCAUUGUGCAAGCAUUCAAGGUGCCUAAGUCCUUGCUGGGAUACUAUAUAGGAGGAUUCGUGGGGCCGCUGGUGCCAGUAAUUGUGUAUGCCAUUAUACGGGCUGUGAAGAACGACCAGAGUUGCUGGGUGCGGCACGCGGGAGGUUAUGAGUGGAUCAUAUAUACACCCAAUCUUCUAUGUAUUGUGAUUAACCUGUUUUUCCUUGCUAGUAUCCUACGCAUCCUCCUCACCCAGCUUCAGUCUCAUCCGAACGAACCCAGUAAUUACAGGAGAGCACUGAAGGCGACAUUCAUCCUGGUUCCACUGUUUGGUCUUCAGCUGUUCCUUGUCAUAUACCGACCCCCCGCAGAAUGGGAGGGAUUCUUCUACUAUGAGAUUUUAGCCAAAGUCGUAUCGAACUCGCAAGGAGCAGUUGUCGCCCUUAUAUUCUGUUUCUUCAAUGGCGAGGUUCACUCUAACCUGAAGACGCUCCUUCCACGGUCGCUGAGACGCGGGGGGAUGUACAAGUCUGAUGUGGUGAGAAGCAACUCCAUGUCAACACAGUACACCACAGACAACCGCUCCAUCUACACCAAGAACGUCGGCAGCCACGUGGACGACAAGGGGAGCUACAUCCCCCUCACCGCCAUGAACGAAGAGCAAGCUAAUGGCAGGUGUAACGGAAAGCACUGAGACUAGUGAUGUGGACUCGGGAUGAUGAUGAGUAGGAGGAGGUUGUGGAGAACGUCCUCAGGAAAGGAGGAUUCACGUGUGAGCUACAGAAUGUCCUUGAAGGAGUUUAAGCUGGAACGAAUAGCUUUGAAAUAAACUGUCCAUGUAAAAGGAAGACGAAAAGACCGUUGAAACUGAACAGAAGAGUUACGAAUUGAACAUGAUGUUGAAAGAUAUCGAAAUGAUUGUUGAAACUGAAAAUGGUAUAUUGAGAUAGAAGAGGCAUUUUGCUGAAGGAAGCAAAACAGUUGUUAACAUAAGUUGACUGGGGAGCUUUCUAUUGAACAUCGUCUUGUUAAAAGAAGGUGAAAUGGAGAUUGAAAACGGAAGAGGCUUUUAUAAUUAACAUGGUAUUGUUGAAAAAAUAUUCGUUGAAGCUGAAACUGAAAAGGAUAUAGACGAGGACCUUGUUGAAAGAAUGCAGAAUGAUUGUUGAUGUAGGAGGACAGCUCUGAAUUGGAUCUUGUUUAACAAAGUGGAAAUGGUUGGUGCAGUGACGUACCUUGUUGUAGAUGUGUUCAUCAUACAGGGUGGGAACUACAGGAGGUGUUGAAGGUGUAACGAAACGAUGUCAGAGUGGUGAUUAAACAGCAACUACGAAGGGAGGAUUAUAGGAUUUGACCACAGUUAUUCACGUCAAAUACAGACUUCAGUCUACCGUGGGUGAGAUCAAGGAUCGAUAGAUCGAUAGAUAUUGUGAUGGUUAUGAUUGGUUUGCAUAUGUCAACACGUGUCUGCCCCAGGUAUUUACAAUUAGGACGGAAUUGUGUUUGUUGAAUAUAUUUUUACCUAGUGCUAUUUAUAGUAAAUAUUUUCCUAUUUUCCACAGACAUAGCUAGGCUGAAGCCAGUGUGUACUUUGAACAUCUGAAAAAGAGACCAAAUGAUUGGGAACCGUCCCCAUGACCGAUGUGAGUUUCCCUGAUGUCAAGUACGUAUUGAAUGGAUGAUUUUCCUCCUGCUCAGCUGUUUCAUGACGGUGAGCCUACAAACGUGUGUAGAUACAGUUACCAAUGGUUUGUCAACAAGGAUUAUACUUUCAAGUUGGCUGCAAGCAUUGAGUGCUACCUGUGUAGCGUCUCGUCGUAGGCAAGGCAGUGCUUUCACAGACAUAGAAUAACAUGCCUGAAGACAAUGAUGGUGAUGCGGACCUGUGAUCACAAGCAACGAAUCAACCACGAACAUUGUAGGUGAAGAUGGAGUCGACGUUGUUGUCAUGUCUAGCUUGGUUUACGUCAACGAUGUCGUUCACAUGUUCUGUGAAUAUUUUUAACCAGGGUCACGGUGUUGAGAUGAACGCAUUGGGUUUUUUGUAUAAAGAAGCCGUCACUACAUGUACAGCUUACGAUAGAUGUGAUCAUUUAUACACUCGUUAUGUUGAAUCAUGUCGGUUAUUACAACAAUUAACAUUUUAUUUUCCUUUGAGGUUUUCAAAAGACUUUCAGCCAGGAGGAGUCAUUACGAACUGGAACAAAGGUCUUUAAUGUAUUCAGUGCCAGCCCAUGAAACCAGGGAGUGUUUCACCAAAUCACUCACUCAUCCAAAACCAGUAAAUACUCCAAAACUAUGUAUAUAUUGUUAUCUUUUAUAUUCGAAUCGAGUUUUAUACAUUAAAGCUGAAAACAAACGACUCUUUUUGUUUUGAGCAGUAGUGUAAUUGUAACAUACGUGUCUCGGUACAGAAUCUCAUGUUUGUACUUGUAACAUACAUGUCUCGGUACAGAAUCUCAUGUUUUGUGAUAGACUAUUUUUUCGGGUGCAUGUUUGUUGUUCAGAGUUCAAAGAGAUGUUUAUACAGAGGCUAUAUUUUGGAGGUUGACAGGGAGUGGGCGAAUGUAGUGACAGGUAUGAAGAUUACUUCUGAUACACCUUCCAGGUGAAUUUCGUUGCUCAUUUCCCUGUAUAAUAAUGGUAAGUCCUAUAUAAUGUUCCAUCGCAAUAAGUAUGAUCCCACAUGGAAGUUCUCGUCUACAAGUAUUGAUUGGGACAAAACACGUCCAAAUAGAUGAGGCAAAAUGUCCAUUUGAUUAAUGUAUGAAACUAUUUAGCUUCUUGUAUUCUGCAGAUCAUAGUGACCUCCGCGUGACCUCAUAGUGAUCUGAAGGAGGCAACUAUUAAGUUCGGUACAAACACCAAACAUGGAAAGCUGAUUCGACUUUGUAGCUUUAGAAAUUGUUGUAUAUUUUCAGAAAUAGUUUUGGUCUCAAGUCUCUUACAUCCUACCCACAGUGUAUGUCAGUGGUCUCAAACUCUUUACUUUACUGUAACGUGGACUGAUACCACUGGCUUUACUGUAACAUGGACUGAUACCACUGGCUGAAGACGCUGACCAUUAUUCACUGUACAUAGUUGCGUGCUUUGGCGAUUCCAGGAUCUGCUCGUUAUGGGUUCGAGUUCUUGCUUGUGACUUUCCACAAAUUUGUCCCUGUGUCACUUUGGCGUGUUUCUUCAAUCCAUGAUGUAACUGAAAAACUCUAAACGCUUCUGAAUCAUCUAGACUACAGUGAGUCCUAUUGUUAAUUAUUGUGUUAAGUUAACAUUGUUGAACCGAGCCCAGAAGCUUUGGUAGAUUUUGGUGGGAUUAUAUUAGUUUUGUUUUGUUUAGCAAGACGACAAUCAAUAUCAUAUGUAUAUCAUAGAUGGUGUUUCGCUCAUCAUAGUUUCAAUCAUCAGUAAGCAAGCAUAUGAUAGACAAAGUUCAACGAGGACUGUUAAUUGAGACAGCACGGCCCUUGUUGACCUUUGUCCAUUCGUUUAGGAAUAAUUUAUACAGUGUGUGUCGUUUCCAUUUCACCAAAGAGUGGUGACAUUUUCAAAUGUUCUGUAACAUUGAAGUGGCUGAAGUUCUGGUGUUGGGGUGACUUCUCUUGAAGUUGUAGUUUUGGGGUGACUUUCAUGAAGUUGUAGUUUUGGGAGCGACGUUCCUGAACUUGUAGUUGUUUUGGGGGGACGUUCCUGAACUCGUGGCUUUCGGAUGACGUUCCUGAAGGUGUGGUUAGGGAUGACGUUCCUGAGGACAUCGUAGCUGACAUAGGUGGCGACAUCGGUGCUGACAUGAGUGUUACUGCGUCAGCCAGCUGUAGAGUGGACCACUUGAUAUGGGUUCAUAUUUUAUGUAGUUAAUGAAAAAUGGUCCAGAUAGGUCUGUUAUGACCAAGAUGUCCAUUAUUACGUCAUGAUGACAGUAUCUUUCAGUCAGUCACUUUGAAAGUCAGAUUUUGAUUAAGUCAUUAUUGUUAAUGAUGUUCAAAUAGACUUCCAUGUCAUGUUACAUGACCAGUAUGAGUUGUUCAGCCAAGCAACUCCUUAUAGUCAGCUAUGUCUCAACCAUGUCCAAAUCCCACUGUUGUAGGAGGACGCUGCUUUUGAAGCAGCAUAUUAACAGUCGCUAUUGUUGACAAUUAUUUGUCAAUCAUGUUAAUGUCACCUCUUUCAUCUACCAUGUUCAAAGUCAACCAUAUCUGCAGCAUAGUUUAUGACCGGUAUGGUGAUUGUUCAAAUCGUAGAAAAUCAGGUCAAUAAUGUUCGAGAAACCAUAGACAAUCAUAUUGGAAUUAUAUUCAAAUGCAGUCAUACUGGCAUAUAUUCAAAGAUACAUAUCUCAUCAGUAUGGCAUGAAGUUAUUCCAAGACAAUCGAUGUUUUGUCUUCAAAGUCAACCAUACCGCCAUCAUCGUCAGUCUCGUAGUGAUACCAUUACCCACAUUGUGGCGUAUUUGAUUUUUUACCGUUGUAUCGAAGUAACUGUCUCGCGUUCUCUCGAAGUUACAGAGAAAUUACGAUAAUACGAGCUUCGAAAUGAAUGGCCUUUACUAUAUUUCUAUGCUGGUACCGUUAGUCCUCUUCGAGAUAAACAAUGUUUCUAGUUACGGAUGUACGAGAAUAUAGUGUAUGACCACGAACGUCACUGCAGUAGGUGCUACCAAGACAAUGGUGUUCUUCGAAUGUAUGUGAAUAUAUCUUGUUUCAUGAAUCUCUUUCUUCCAUUUCCUUACCAUUCCAUUUCGUCUCAGGUGCCGCUAUGCGCAGUUGCGUCCCUUUGGCUUACCAGAAUCGUGUGAUAAUUAGUUCGAAUGUCGGUCCAUCUCGACCGUGUUGUUAGGUUUGUCAACAGCAUACCCGUGCUCAUGUGUUUCAAAGACAGAUGAUAAUUUGUUUAAAUCUACAUCACUUUAAUCUGGUACGUGUCAUGGAACUGGAAAACUGUUCACAGCCAACUCACUCACUCACUCUCACUCACUCUCUCCAUUCCAGUUCAUGUUAAACGUAUGCUGAAAUAUGCCUCAGUGAUUCUGCCAGUUUUUGAAAGUGAUUAUUAUGUGUUAACUAUCAUAACAAUUAUCAUACGACAAUUUAACACUGUGAGGUAUUGGUCAGACCACCGGCAAUGUUGAGAGGCACUAGCGUCGGUUAUGUCAUGGCUGCAGAUCACGUGACUGAUAUGGACAGGUGUGACACAACUUCCAGUGUCACAGCUGACACGCUGUACAAAUACUAUAAACCAAAUACUGUCCCCAAUCAGGACGUGUAACCGAGACAGUACAUCCCUGAUUGGGGAUACGUACACAAGGCACGCUUUAUUUAAUUUCAUCACAAGCGAGAUUUCAUUCUCCGCUGUCCACUCCACACGUGGGAACAUGCAUGUGUACAUAUGUAGAUAUUGUACAGAGACCUCAACAAGAAGGGACCAACAGGUCCUACAGCUUAUACCGUUCAUCUGAAGACUAUUGAAGAUUGUGUUAUAUUAGUGGCAAAACAAGUAUUUUGUUGAAGUGACACAAGUGUGCGUGUGUAAUAAACUAAUUUGAAUAUU